UUGUCUAUGAUGUUAUUUAUUUCGAAUUGCACCGAAAAAUCUAUAAUUUUUUGCGUUUAUGACCGCGCGAAGAAGUAUGAAUCCCAUAUGCAAUACAUUUUCUUCAGAUAAUUACAAGUAAAGAGGACUUUUUCUGCGAAUAUCAAUUUUACUUGAAAUAACAAAGAUAUCAAUAUGAAAUGCAUCAUACCUGGAGGAAACGUCAAAACAUUAGCAAAGGCGAUACAUAUGUUGGCAAAAAUUGGGGAUGAAAUGUAUAUAAAUCCACAACAGGAAUAUAUAUCUUUUCGCACAGUCAAUAUGGCAAAAUCGGCAUAUUCUGAUGUCACAUUCCACAAAAAUUUUUUCUCUUACUAUACACUUGAAGAUCUUGAAGAAGAAGAGGCACAGAAGUGUAAAAUUUCAAUGAGAAGUGCUAUGACUGUUUUUAAAUCUGCACAUACAUUGGAGAAACAAGUAGAGAAUUGUCACAUUUGUUUGGAGGUAAACUCCUGCAAUCUAAUCUUUAUUUUGAAAUAUAAGAACGGUGUCAACAAGUCCCAUUUAUCACCGAUUCUGGAACCUGAAAAGUUGCAAGCAUCGUAUACUAAAGCUGGUAUGAUCAAUGAACUGACAUCGCAAGCUCGAACGUUGGUGGAUGCUCUGCAAAAUUUUCCACAAAAUCUGAUUGAAAUAACACUUGAGAUAACGCAACACAAGUUGUUGCUUAGGAACUAUGUAGAUGAAGCAUCAAUCAUGGUAAAUACUACACGCACCCAAUUGGCCUUUGGUACUGGAGAAUUUGAUCGCUACAUAAUGGGCAAUGAAACAACUAUCACAUUUUGUUUAAAAGAAGUUAGAGCAUUGCUCACUUUUAGCGAAAGCAUAGGCAUUCCAAUCAAUAUAAAUUUUGAGACAGCAGGAAGACCAAUGCUGCUUACAUUGAAGAAUCAGGGACUUGAGGUAAAAUUGCUAUUAUCAACUCUAAGUCCAGAUAGUGAUAGUCAAUCGGAUUCAUCGACCAUCAACAAACAAGUGCAACCUAUUAGAAGAAAAAGUGCUUCUUCGAGGAACAUUUCCAAACGCAUCAAUAAAUCUUCAAAUCGAAUUAAAAAGUCUACUCUCCCUUCCGAGGUUGUGGUCGAUAAUAUAAUUAAGAAUAGAUCGGAGAAAAAGGAAAAUCAAAUGGACAAGAUGCUCAACCAGACCACUUCUGUAAACAUUAUUUCGGUGGAAGCGAAUAAUUCUAUAAAUAAUGCCCAAGAGAGAAGUUUGAAACAAAGUCGUUUAUUGCUUAAUCCUGUCAGCGCAACAUCUUCAAUGAUUAACAAAAAGAUUCCAGAUGACCAGCGGAAACUGGUGAACUCGGUAUUCUCUAACAUCGCGAAACGAAAGUCGAUAAGUGACGAGGAGGAUGGCGAAUUGCAAGAGCAAACCGUAGGACAGUGUAUAAACUUGGGAGAAAGUGUGCUGCAUUCACCGUCACCGCUACGUCAGGCAACUAAGAAAGCCAAAUUAGUAUUCCAGAAGUGUUUUCAGAACACUUUUGAUCCUCAGAUGUUACCUGGUUACAAUACUAUCUUGGUAGAAGAUUCUGACGAGAAUAAUAGCGAUUGAAGUACUACCUUCACAUGUAUUAUAUACAUAUAUAUAAAUCGGAAUCGGUUAAAAUCAAUUUUCUCAAUAUUACAAUUAUGUAAUUUCAUUAGACAGUU